CAACUUCAUAAUUUAAUUUCGGAAGCGGCUAAUACUGAAGAAGAAGACCCUUUACCCACCUUCGAAGAGUUCCAAGGUAUUAUUAAUGAUUACUUAGGCAAUUUGAGUCCCAAGAAAAGAGACAAAGCAUUGGUAGACCAUGCUCGUUACUGUCUUAUCCAAGAUGUAUUGAAAAACCCUAGAAACACUCUAAUCUCAACAGCUCAAUUCCGUUUCUGGGUCAAAAAGAUGUUUCAACUCCAACCUGGUUCCUAUGAUCUUGUAUGCCAUGAUAAUAAGCCCGUUGCUAUGAAAGAGCAGAUCUACGAUAUCCUCGUUAAUGCUCAUAAAGAAGCACACCAUGGCGGUAGAGACAAAACAUCUGCCAUAGUAAGAAACCAAUUUUCUUGGAUUCCCAAAGAGCUAGUAGCAAGAUUUGUACGUCAAUGCCCUACUUGUAUCAGUAGACGAAACGGUAGUCAAACUUUGAGCGCAUAUACAUCCAAGACAUCUAGUCCUAGAGUAGACUAUACGCCAUCCGCUAGUGGAUCUUACUGUUAUGACGCUGCUACUAUGGCUGCUGCUGCAGCAGCUGCUGCAGUCAAUGUUUCGACACCUUCUUUACUCUACACACCUUCCUCAAAAGCAGAAAGCGAUAUGUCAACUUCUCCUUCUACGGAUAAUACAUAUAAAAGAUCGCCUAAUAAUUACAUAACAACCAGCUCAUCGCCUACCAAAAGGCCUUUCUUUGGACAGAACGGCUUAUUUGAA